UAAAUAUCUUUAUUAUGACUUCCAGGGAAAUAUUUUUGUUAAUGGUUUUGUGUAAAUAGUUACAUAAAACUGCAGUGUUUUAGAAAAACAAUAACGUUUAUUGACUAUUUUUUGCUGUUUUAAUGUGAUCGUGCACGAUGGAGAACAAUCUCAUCUGUCGUUUGUGCCUGUAUAACAAUGAAAAUAUCCUGCCAAUUUUUGGUGAACCACAGCGGGAGGCCAAGUUGCAGGAGAAAUUGCUGCAAUAUGUGAAUUUGGAGGUCAAAGAGGACGACCCUUUGCCGAAGCUGAUCUGUUUGAAAUGCUUCCAAACGAUAGAGAGCUUCCACGCGUUCUACCAGGAGGUAACCCAGAAUCAGACCGUGUUCGAGUACACGACCCAGCCGGGAAUCAUGGUGAUCAGCGAUCAGGACUCGCACACCACUUAUAUCUUGAAGGAGGACGAAGUACUCGCUGGAAGUCAGCAGUCAUGCAUCGAGAUGGACGAGCUCAGCAUGGAGACGAUUCAGCUGCGACCUUCGACGUCUUCAACUGCCACGGUGCAGAUCAGCGAUCAACGGGUAACGUUGGUUCAGCUACCGCGGGAUGUUGUCGUUGGGUCAGCUAGGAAGACACAACCUUCGGUGACUUCGUCUGGACUUCCGACUUAUGAUGAGUCGCAGAAGAGUCGGCAAGUGAUUGCAAUCGUUAAGGAUGCACUUGGGGAAGAGAAGAUCAUCAUCGAUCGGUUGGAGGAAACGGAAGAGGAGAGUGGGAUCCCAGUGAUUAUCGACCAAACGGCGUCGGUGGAAGAACCACAAACCUUUACGCUGGUUCAUGAAGAUCCAGAGGAUGUUAAGGUAGCGCUGGACAGUGAAAAUGACGACGAUGACGAUGAUGACGAACCGGAGGAAGAAAUCCUCCAAAUUGACGAUUCCGAUGACGAGCUUCAGCCGGAGAAGCGAAGCGUGUCAAACUCGAAAGAUUUCCCUAAAAAGUUCAUUCAGGACGGUCAGCUUGUGGUCCGAGGGAAGGAGCUGUCGGCGUUGAUGGGCCGGUUUUACGACUUGACGUGUGAGUUUUGCAUGGAGGGUGGCAAGGAUGAGGACGAGAUUGUGAGCUUCACCGAGAUGGAUCUGUACCUGGCGCACUGCAAGGAGAUGCACGCGACCAAGGGCCACGUGUGGUGCUGCAGCGGGCGGAUCAUCAAGCCGAAGAUGAUGGCGAUGCACAUGGCGCGGCAUCUGCAGCCGGAGGCGUUCAAAUGUCCCGAGUGCGGCAAGGUGAUGAGCACCCCCCAGAUCCUUCAAUACCACAUCCAGAACCACCGCCCCGAGGAGGAACGGCCACUCCAGUGCCGCCAGUGUCCGCGGCGCUUUAGCUACGGAAGUGCCCUGCUGGCGCACGCCCAAUCGCACUUGCCGGAGGCCGUCCGGUCGCGCUACGUUUGCGACGACUGCGGCAAAAACUUCAGCUCUGCUUCCAAACUCGCCGAACAUUGGGCGGUUCAUGGCGGGACGACGGCGGGAACGAGUGGCGACGGGUCAGACCGGAAGUCCCAGCAGAUGAUGACGUACGUGUGUCAGGUUUGCGCCAAGCAGUUCACCUCCAAGAGCAAUCUGACGUACCAUUUGACGACGCACCAACCGAAGAUCCACCAGGUGCAGUGUGAACGGUGCAAGAAGUGGCUCCGGAACAAGUUGUGUCUCCGGAAGCACAUGGUGCAGCACUCGGACACCCGCCACCAGUGUACCUACCCGGGCUGUGAGUACUCGGCCGUAAAUCUUCAGUGUCUGAGGAACCACAUUCGGGUUCAGCACUCGGACGUGAAGCCGUUUGAAUGCGAUGUGUGUGGGAAAAGCUUCAAGUUGAAGAAUACACUGCUGAAUCACCAGGUUCAACACACUGGCGUUAAGAAAUUUGCUUGCGAGUUUUGCUCGCGGACAUUUGCCUCGAGUGGGAAUUACUACGCGCACCGGAAGCGGAUGCACCCGCAGGAGCUGGCCGUGCAGAAGAAGCGCAAGGAGGAUGAGGAGAACGAAUUCCGGAAAACCAAGCUUCUUUCCAAGUCGAAAUGAAAUGACGGAAAUUUCUCAACACAAAAAUAUCAAAACACUACGAUGUCGAUCGUCAUUAAUUUAUUCCGAGCUCCAUCAGCAAAUCAGCAGUUCGGGAAGCCAGGAUCAUCCAGUUUGGUAGUCGAAUUUACACUAAAUACAACAACUUCCACUCACAAAA